AUGCCAUCCUCCUCGUCAUCUUCUUCAGCUCGCCAGCCCGCAGCCGCACCGGAAGAUGCCAUCCUCAGCAACAAGACGCAAACCUCCACCACCUCGCACGAACUCAAUGGUUUCGAUCGCAUAGUCGACGAUGGAGAAGCGCAGGACGAUGAUUACCAUGGCCAUCUCAGAAACUCGCGACAGGAGGACCGUGGGUUCACGAAGCAUGAUAAGAAAGACAUGAAGCGUAUGGGCAAGACGCAGGAGCUCAGGCGGAAUUUUCGACCUUUGUCGACGCUGGCUUUUACUGUGAUUUUGCAGGGGACGUGGGAGGUUUUGCUGGCGGCUUCGACGCAAGGACUUACGGAUGGAGGGCUGGCUGGGUUGUUGUGGAGUUAUGUUUGGACUUUUGCGGGGUUCUCGCUCGUGGUGAUUAGUCUGGCGGAGAUGGCGAGUAUGGCGCCUACCAGUGGUGGGCAGUACCAUUGGGUGUCAGAAUUCUCGCCACCGAAAUACCAAAAACUCCUCUCCUACUUCACCGGCUGGAUGAGUACCCUGAGCUGGCAAGCAGGCACGGCCAGUGGACCCUUUCUCGUCGGCACGCUCAUCCAAUCAAUGGCCUACGUGAACAACCCAGAGUACUCCGGCACGAGAUGGCAAGGCACCCUCUGCGUCUGGGGAAUCACGCUCAUCGUGCUCUUCGCAAACGUCUACAUGGGAAACGCCAUGCCUGUCUUCCAAAACCUCAUGCUGAUCCUGCACGUCUUCGGCUUCCUCACCAUCAUCGUCUGUCUCUGGGUUCUAGCGCCUCGCAAUUCGGCCGAAGUCGUCUUUACGCAGUUCUACAAUGGCGGCGGGUGGAGCUCGAUGGGUCUUUCACUUAUGGUUGGACAGAUCUCCGCGGUUUACGCUUGUAUCUGCUCUGAUGCUGCGGCACAUAUGUCGGAAGAGAUCAAGGACGCCAGCGUCACCGUCCCGAAGGCCAUGCUGGGAUCGUACCUCAUGAACGGCGGCCUGGGAAUCGUCUUCCUCAUCUCCUUCCUCUUCAGCAUCGUGGAUCUCGAGGGAGCACUCAACGACGACACAGGCUAUCCCUUCCUCUACGUCUUCCGCAACGCCUUCUCCCUCCCCGCCGUAAACGCCCUCUCCUCCAUCGUCGUAAUCCUCAUCUUCGCCGGCACGCUGAGCUACAACCUCUCCACCAGCCGCCAAACCUGGUCCUUCGCACGAGACGCCGGCCUUCCCUUCUCCGCCUGGAUCGCCCACGUGCACCCCACCCUCGAAGUCCCCGCCAACGCCAUAAUAACAACCUGCGCCGUCACCUUCGUCCUCUCCCUGAUAAACUUCGGCUCCGACGUCGCCUUCAACGCCAUCAUCUCCUUAAACCUCGUCUCCCUCAUGAUCACCUACAUGGUCUCCAUCAGCUGCGUGCUCUACCGCCGCAUCUACCACCCGGAGCUUUUGCCGCGCGCGCGGUGGAGUCUCGGACGCUGGGGGGUGCUGGUGAAUGGUGGGGGAUUGUGCUAUGCGAGUUUUGCGUUUUUUUGGUGUUUUUGGCCGAAUAGUUUUGAUCCGAGCGCGGUGGAUUUUAAUUGGAGUGUGGUUAUGUUUGUGGCUGUGGCGCUUUUUGCGGGGGUGGAUUGGGUGGUGAGGGCGAGGAAGGUGUAUAAAGGGCCGGUGGUGCUUGUGGAGGGGUGGAGGGAUUGA